CAGAAGCAGAAGCAGUAGAAGAAGAGGAGGAGGAGUGUGAGAGCUUUGACACACGCCAUACGACUCGACUGCAUCUUCCAUUAACUGGGUUGGAACCUUAAUAUUAACAAUGAGUCGCUCUUACAACGAUGAGCUGCAGUUUUUGGACAAGAUCGAUAAGACAUGCUGGAGAAUCAAGAAGGGAUUCGUCCCAAACAUGCAGGUGGAGGGCGUCUUCUACGUCAACGAUGCGCUGGAGAAGCUGAUGUUCGAAGAGCUGCGAAACGCAUGUCGUGGAGGAGGUCUCGGUGGAUUUCUGCCUGCUAUGAAGCAGAUCGGCAACGUGGCGGCUCUGCCGGGAAUCGUGCAUAGAUCUAUAGGCCUGCCUGAUGUUCACUCCGGAUAUGGCUUUGCAAUUGGGAACAUGGCUGCUUUCGACAUGAGUGACCCUACGGCAGUUGUCUCGCCAGGUGGUGUAGGAUUUGACAUUAAUUGUGGCGUGCGUCUGCUGAGAACCAACCUGGAUGAAGGAGAUGUGCAGCCGGUGAAGGAACAGCUGGCUCAGGCUCUCUUUGACCACAUCCCUGUAGGAGUGGGGUCCAAGGGCGUCAUUCCCAUGAGUGCCAAAGAUUUGGAGGAGGCCCUGGAGAUGGGGAUGGACUGGUCUCUGAGGGAGGGCUACGCCUGGGCCGAGGAUAAAGAGCACUGCGAAGAAUACGGCCGAAUGCUGCAGGCCGACCCAAACAAGGUUUCCUCCAAGGCCAAGAAGAGAGGACUGCCACAACUUGGGACACUGGGAGCAGGGAAUCACUACGCCGAGAUCCAGGUGGUGGAUGAGAUCUACAAUGACUACGCAGCCAAAAAGAUGGGCAUCGACCACAAGGGCCAGGUGUGUGUGAUGAUCCACAGCGGGAGCCGUGGGCUGGGACAUCAGGUGGCCACAGACGCUUUGGUGGCCAUGGAGAAGGCGAUGAAGCGCGAUAACAUCGUGGUAAAUGAUCGGCAACUCGCUUGUGCCCGCAUCGGUUCUCCUGAAGGUCAGGACUACCUGAAGGGCAUGGCGGCUGCAGGCAACUACGCCUGGGUCAACCGCUCCUCCAUGACCUUCCUUACACGCCAGGCCUUCUCCAAAGUGUUUAGCACCACACCUGAUGAUCUGGAUAUGCAUGUGAUCUAUGACGUGUCCCAUAACAUUGCUAAAGUAGAGGAGCACAUGGUGGACGGUAAACAGAAAACACUGCUGGUGCAUCGUAAGGGCUCAACACGGGCUUUCCCCCCUCAUCACCCCCUCAUUGCCGUCGACUACCAGCUGACUGGUCAGCCUGUGCUGAUUGGUGGAACAAUGGGCACCUGCAGCUACGUGUUAACGGGCACUGAGCAGGGCAUGACUGAAACUUUUGGCACCACCUGCCAUGGCGCAGGUCGAGCACUGUCCCGAGCUAAAUCCCGCAGGAAUCUGGACUUUCAGGACGUUUUGGAUAAACUGGCUGACAUGGGCAUCGCCAUCAGAGUGGCUUCACCAAAACUGGUCAUGGAGGAGGCCCCAGAAUCCUACAAAAAUGUAACAGAUGUGGUGAACACGUGCCAUGACGCCGGCAUCAGCAAGAAGGCCAUCAAGCUUAGACCCAUUGCUGUGAUUAAGGGUUAAACGUGAACACCUAAGCACAACCAAUAAAUGGUUAAACCGAGAGAUCAUGCCCAAGGGCAAAUAAAUUGAACGGGUGGUUUGGGAACAUCAGUGGAGUGACUUUUGCGCUAGAGGAUGAUUUCUGCACAAUCUUUAUAGAGGCAAGACUUUUGCAUAUGUGUGCAUCACCUUGUAUGGAGAGAAAACCGUUCACCAGAUUAGGAAAAGUUCAUUAAGUUGUUUUUUGUUUUUUUGCCUAACAGCUUUAUUGUUAUAAAAGCAAGUGGCUAAAAUGCAUUUUUUUUUUUUUGGUUUGAGAUUGAAGAUUGAUUUUGUGAAAAACAAUGAAAAGGGGAAUAAAAGCAUCAGUGAUCUGUCUGCUGUGUGACAGUAAUACUGCAAAAGUGUGUGUGUGUCUCUGCUGUUUGCAGGUAACUGUACAGAACCCUUUGCUAACAGAUUUCUCCAGGUUUAUGAUUUUGAGUGCUAAAUUUUGGAAAGAUUUUCCCAUAUUUA